GGGCACACGCAAUACUGAUGAAGCAUCGAUCAUCAUCAACAUUAUACAGCGUAGCCAAAGCUGCUAUGGAAGGUCAUAGGUUAGUAGUGGUGAUGUCCUUGCUCGUGCUGCUCACAUGUGGAAGCUGUUCAGCUCAGCUGAGAAAGGGCUUCUACAGCAAAACAUGCCCUAAUCUUGAAAAAUCUGUUCGUUCUGCUGUUUCACGCAAGUUCCAGCAGACCUUCGUUACUGCUCCCGCCACUCUCAGACUCUUCUUCCACGACUGCUUCGUCCGGGGAUGCGACGCAUCGGUGAUACUGGGGCAUAAGAACGCAGAGAAGGAUCAUCCAGAUGAUGUGUCACUUGCCGGAGAUGGCUUCGACACGGUGGUGAAAGCCAAAGCCGCCGUUGACAGUGAUCCACAGUGCCGCAACAAGGUCUCUUGUGCUGACAUUCUCGCGCUCGCUACUAGGGAUGUCGUCAACUUGGCAGGUGGACCUUUCUAUGAAGUAGAACUGGGAAGGCGCGAUGGCAGAAUAUCCACCAUAGCCAGUGUUCAACGUCGUCUUCCUCAGCCAUUCCACAAUUUGAAUCAGCUUAACUCUCUCUUCUCCAUGCAUGGCCUCUCUCAGACCGAUCUCAUCGCCUUAUCAGGAGCACACACGAUAGGGUUUUCUCACUGCAAUCGCUUCUCCAACAGGAUCUACAACUUCAGCCCCAGAAGCAGAAUCGACCCGUCCUUGAAUCUUCAGUACGCUUUUCAACUCAGAAACAUGUGUCCCUUGAAGGUUGAUCCUAGGAUCGCCAUCAACAUGGACCCUGUUACUCCCCAGAAGUUUGAUAACCAGUACUUCAAGAAUCUCCAGAAUGGCAUGGGUCUGUUCACUUCUGAUCAAGUUCUCUUCACUGAUAAUAGGUCUAAGGCCACUGUUAAUUUGUUUGCUUCUAGUGAAGCUGCUUUCAAUUCUGCUUUUGUUUCUGCUAUUACCAAGUUGGGAAGGGUUCAUGUUAAAACUGGGAAUGAUGGUGAAAUUAGGGUUGAUUGCACUAGAAUCAACUAGAAGUUGAAGAUAACAUCGAUCAUGAUCGUGUUCGAUCGCUCUCAUCGAUAUUAUUUUCUAUUUUUUAUUGGGUUUUUUCUGUGGUGUAUUUUGUAAUAAUCACCAUUCUUCAUCUGUUCAAGUGUGAAGACCUUGGUUAUUAAGAAAUAAGAUAUCAUAUAUUUUGGUUCUUUAA